UUCUUAACUGGACGAAGAACAGUACUUUUCAGGAUGCUGUGGAGAGCUGUUGUGUUACUGGCGACCACCGUGGUGGUGAUCUCCAGCGAGAAGAUGCGCUACGACAAGUACCGCGUGUACCGGGUGCAUCCAGCCGGCGACGAGCAGCUGCGCUUCUUGGCCAGCUUCGCCAAGUACCACAACGACAUUCAGUUCUGGAAGGAACCAAGAGUGGUGAACAAACCUGCAGACGUGAUGGUCUCGCCGGAGAUGCAAACCAGUUUCCUGGAAGGCCUCGAAGCGAAUGGAAUCCAAGCGACCGUCUACGUGGACAACGUGCAGACACUUAUCGACAAUGAGAGAGGAGUCCGGAGACAGGGAGAAUCCUUUGGUUGGGAAGACUACUAUACCCUAGAAGAGAUCCACGAAUGGCUGAACUCUCUGUCAGAGACAUACUCAGAUGUUGUGACGCCGAUAGUUGGAGGAUCCAGUUACGAAGGCCGAGAGAUCCUCGGUGUGAACAUCACCUUUGCACCAGGCAACCCCAUCGUAGUCGUUGAGGGAGGCAUCCAUGCUGGUGAGUGGAUCAGCCCUGCCACCGCUACGUGGAUCAUCAACCAGAUACUGACGACCAAUGACUCGGUCGUAAGGGACAUCGUGAGGCAGUUUAACUUUUACGUCUUCCCUAACCUCAACCCUGAUGGAUACGUAUACACUUGGACCACGGAUCGCAAUUGGCGCGGGACUCGCACCCCAUACACGCCAUGCUACGGGGCUGACCCGAAUCGUAACUGGGACUUCCAUUGGGGAGAAGAAGGUGCCAGCUCCACGGUGUGUUCAUCGGACUUCGCCGGUCCAGAACCCUUCUCUGAGGUUGAAACGAGGACCUUCUCAGAAUUUUUGGCGAGUCUGGGCGACGACUUCCAGGUCUACCUGGACUUCCACAGUUACGGGCAGAUGCUCAUGUUCCCAUAUGGCUUAUACAGCGUGACAGCACCGAACUACGACGACCUGCUUGUAAUAACUACUAAAGCUGUGGAAGCUCUGACUGCUAGAUAUGGGACGCAGUACACAUUCGGGAGCAUUGUGGAUACUAUCUAUGCGGCGGCGGGCUCCAGCCUCGAUUGGGUGAUGGGCGUGCUGGGGAAGCGUUUCGUCUUCGUCUGGGAACUGCGCGACAAGGGGCAGUAUGGCCAGCUGCUGCCGGCUGACCAGAUCAUCCCCAACAGUGAAGAGACCUUCGACAGCAUCUUGUCAAUCCUACGUGAUGUGCUCGUCCGGAUCAAGAGCAGCCAUUCAUAAAAUAACUGGGAAUUUCAUCACAAUUAUUGCACAGUAAAUUAUAUUUAAUAGGCAAUCAGUUAUCAACAUUUCUGAUAACCUUAUUCUUACAAGACACGGUCCGAUGUCAGAAAACCAAAAAGUUGAAAUUGAAGGUAACUUAAAUGUAAGU